GUUUUGCCCCUCUUCCCCUCCAUGUUUCCCGUCCUGAGCUCUUCUCCUUCUUCCUCUCCGCGCAUCAAUGGAGUCCUACACUCCUCUGCUCGAGAAAACUCGUGCCCCACAGCCCUCCCUCCAGAAAUUCGCAGUCGUCUCUGUCUUCUCCAAGCUUCGGUCAGCCCCAAGCUACCUCGGCCCGGACUCCGAUCCCGGAAGGGAGGCCAUUGCGUUCUGCCUCCACUCCACCUCCCCCGCCGUCGCUGAUCAGUCCGUCCGGGAGCUAUGCCGCCUCGUCGCAGACUCGAAGAUGGAGCACCCCCGCGGGUUGAUGGAGCUGCAGUCAUCCCUCGAAGGAUCCGACCCGAAGCUCGCCGGCUUGUUUGUGAAGGGGAUCGGGUUCUUGGUACGGUUGGGCUUCCAGAGGAGCGGCGGCUCGUGGAGUUUAAAUGCCGAGAGCCACCCGUUUGUUAAGGUUCUUUUGUGCCGCGCCGAGGUUAGAGAUGAGCUCGUGCAGCAAGUGCUGCUCUUUAUGUUUCAGAACAAGCAAGAAGAUAUGUCAAAAGUAUGCGAGUUCUUGAGGCCGUUUCUCAGUUUCUCAGUUUUGAGAAUGCCCUUCUCGGAUUUUUCUGCAGCUUCAUUUGUUAGGCACUUAUUAACGUCAAUGGCAUCAAUUUGCUGUUCAUUGCCUCAUGAGUCGAUUCCGAUAUUUAAGCUCUUAAUGGGAUGUAUUAAGUAUCACCCUCUUGAGAAUAUGGAUGAUUUGGGGAACUUAAUGCAUGUCGUGGAACAUGUGGUGAAUGCAUAUGCAGUAGUCUUGAAACAUUCCGUUGGAAUGCAAUCACGCACUGUGGAGACUCAACUAUGUGGUGUGGAGCUUUUGGAGACUGUUCUCUUAUUAAACACAUCUCCUCUUGAAAAUUCCGGUUGGAUUGGGCCCAUCAUAGAGUUCUCAAAUCGGAUACUGGUUCUCCAGAAAGAUCUUGGAUUGGGCUAUCUACCUGAAGUAUCGUCAGUGACUUUAUCCCUAUUUGUUAUUCUUAUUCAAUCAGAGCUUGAACAUGAGCAAAUGUCAAUGCUGAAGCUUCUGCUCCAUCUUCUGAAAUGGAAGUGUGAUACUGAACACUUGGUUGGUAAUGCUACACCUGUUCUAUGCGAAGAGCUCUUGCUCCUAUUUCCUGCCAUCAACCUUAUGUCGUGGCCUUCUACAUGCAUUAAAGCAGCAGCAGGUGAAUUGAUUGUCAUGUUAGAAAAGAUCAUAGGAAAAUUGAUGGUAACAUCGAGGAGUGACGUUGCCUUAGUGGAGGAAUUUCCGUCAGUCAGCAGCCCGGGAAAGAUUGUGUAUAGGCUUUUGCAACAUUUAUGGUUUCAGGAUCGUUUCCAAUCGUCUAGAUUUUUUAUCGAUACUUUCUCAUCAGUGGAGCCAACAGAAUAUGGGGUUAAAGGGCCUUGGGCUCCCAAAUUAAGGGAAUAUGCUUGGUGGAUUGUUCACAGAAGAAAGUCCUCUCUACCUAUAACAAAAGCUCAAGACAUGUUUGUAACUGAAAUGUCAUUUUUGGUCUGCUCAAUUGCUGGCCUUCUGGUCGUACAUCCGUCUCUGGGGACUUCUGCCAUGGAUGUUUUGGCCUCUAUGGGUAUUAUGAAUCCAAAAGUGGGUGUUCCCUUGCUCCUAGCGACUCUUUUCUUCAGCAACAUUUCUGCAUGCAAAAGUGAUGCUUCUGGAGAUUUAACGCUAAAUGUUUUGCGCAUGCUCCCAUCACUUGCUUCCCAUUCCUCCAUGGUCCCACUGAUCAUCCAAACUAUAUUGCCCUUGCUUCAAAGGGGUGCAAAUACAGUUUUAUAUGCAAUGGCAGCACGUUUGCUUUGUCAAACCUGGGAGAUCAAUGACCGUGCUUUUGGGAGUUUGCAAGGAGUACUACUUCCAAAUCGCUUUGCUGAGUUCAUGUGUGAGAGAAAUAUCUGCUUGAGCAUGGCUGCUUCCAUUCGUGAUGUCUGCAGAAAAAACCCUGAUAGGGGAGUAGAUCUUAUCCUUUCUAUUUCAGCCUGUAUUGAGAGUCGAGACCCUCUGGUUCAGGCUCUUGGUUUUCAAAGCCUUGCCCAUCUCUGUGAAGCUGACGUACUUGACUUCUACACUGCAUGGGAUGUCAUCGCAAAGCAUGUGCUAAACUACUCUGAGGACCCAAUACUUGCUCACAGCAUGUGCCUUCUUCUCAGAUGGGGUGCAAUGGAUGCUGAGGCUUAUCCUGAAACUUCAAGGAAUGUCACACAAAUCUUAUGGGGUAUUGGUGCCUCCAUGCACCCACAAGGAAUGUCAAAAUGGUUGAAGGCAAGGGUGUCAGCUUUUGAUGCCUUAAAUCAUUAUGAAAUAUCGUAUCUUGAGAAAACCAUCUCAGAUUUCAAGGAAAGGAUCACCAUAUUGCAUUUCUCAGAGACUGAUGAUGCUGUGCUUUGUUCUAUGGAGCGGUUUCAGAUGAAGAUCAUUGCACAUGAGCACAUGAACCGCCGGAGAUUUACAAAAGAGAAAAGAGUUGCCACCAACAAGAUCGAGAAGCUCUUGGAUGUAUUUCCUCAGGUUUUACUUUCUUCAGCAUAUUUCACAGGAAAAGGCACACAUGCAAUGGAACUACCAGGAGCGGCUAUUUUAUGCCUUUCUUUCAGUCCUAAACUCGUGAAGAGCAAGCAAGCAUCACCCGAUGUAGAUGCCGGCUAUGAGAAUGCAUUGGUAGAUAUUGCCACGUCCCUUCAGCUCUCAAGAAAUAGUUUUCUCGCACUAGUCUCUUUGCAAUCUUGGAAAUCCUUCAUGCAACGUUGGAUCAGGGCUAAGACGCUGUCCUCUGGCAGUAAAGGGUCAACCAGUGUUUCGGAUAAUGCAUCUAAAGCAGCCAAUGAUAUUUUAAAGAGAAUUACUAGAAUUGCAGAGGACUCGAUUCCUCGAACCAGUGAGAAUAUUGCACUCGCCAUAGGUGCACUUUGUGUGGUCGUGCCUCCAUCAGCCCACACAGUUAAAUCAGCUGCAUCAGAGUUUCUUCUGAAUUGGUUAUCCCAGUUUGAACAUGAACAUCGCCAAUGGUCUGCUGCAAUAUCUCUUGGAUUAAUUGCGAGUUGUUUACAUGUUACAGACCAUAAAAAAAAGUUUCAGAACAGCACAAGGCUUAUUGAGGUUUUGUGUGGCAGUAAAAGCACCCUCGUCAAGGGAGCUUGUGGGAUCGGUUUGGGUUUCAUAUGUCAAGAUCUCCUAACACGGGUUAAAGGUGACGCCUCAGACAUCGACGAAGAAGAUUUCAAGAUGCAAGAAAUUGAAUUACUGGGAAAGAUUAUCAGAUCUCUCUCUAUAAUCAUCUGUCAAUCUACGGAAUCAUCAUCUGAAAUUCUUCAUAGUCUUUCUGAAUAUUUGCCGAAGGGCAUAUAUGCAAGAGACGCCAAUGUAGACCUCGAGUUGGUGAAUGACCAUGAUGUAAUGGAGAAAGAUGUUUGGGGCCUCGCUGGACUUGUAUUUGGUCUGGGAAAUUCUAUAGGAGCAGCCUACAGAGGUGGAGAACUUGAUGUUGUUCUCAAGAUAAAGGAGUUAAUUUUUUCUUGGGUUCCACAUGUGAAUCCUUCAGUUCAGAGCUUGGGCUCCUGCAGUGAGAAACUUGAAAUACUGUUAUCAGUAGGCGCUUCUCUUGCACUUCCUCUUGUAGUGGCUUUCUGUCAUCGAGUCGAACUGAUGGAGAAUAGGGAACUUGAUCGUCUGUUUCAUGGCUACAGGGAGCUACUUUCUGUGUUAGUAUCUGUGAAGAAGUUGGGGUUUUUUCAUGAAAGCUUCUUGGUUGCUUCUUGUGCUUCAGCAGGGACUCUCCUUGGCUGCAUUCUAAAUGAGGGCGUGCACUCUAUCGAAGUCGAAGUAGUAAUGGGUUUACUAGAAUUGUUCAGGAAAUGCUAUUCUAUAGAUAACCCUCCGAUUGUUCAUUUUGGAGGGAUGCUCGGAGUCGUUAGUUCGUUGGGAGCAGACUUGGGCAUUUUGUUUCAUACUCAUCCUUUAACUUCCUCGGUGCAUACCAGCAUGCAGAAGCAGGAAUCUUCUCAUAUUAUGGGUCCUCUUCAUUCAAGCCCUGUUUGCGAGGUACCGUUAACAUCAAUGCUGCAAGAGAUAUUUCUAGUAGCACAAAACUCUGAGGACCGUCAACUGCAACAUUAUGCUGCAUGGGCACUUUCACUACUUCGACACAGUUUAUGGUCCAAGGAAGUGCUAAACAGUCAAGGUUAUAAUCUGCACGAGAAUUCUAGCUCCCGGGCCGCUUCUCAGACAUUUUCCAAUGAUAGUGUUGUCAUGAAGCUGUCUUUGUGGUUAAUCAAUCUUGAUCAUACAGCUGCAGCUCCCCAGGGGGGUCCUUGUGCGAAUUUAAAAACUCUAAGAUCUGUCAUGAAGUGCCUUUCAGAAGCUCCAAGAUUACCAAACUUGGAUUGGGGAGCAGUUGUAAGGCGCUACAUGAGGUACGAGGCUGAAGCCGGGGAUGGUUUGCCCUCUUUGGCUCCUGAGAGUGGGACUUUAAGGGAGGAAUGCCUACUCUUCUCGAUAGCUCAGGCAUCCCAUUUCGAUCAGCUUUUAACUUUACUAGACGAGCUCUCCGACCUGUCUCGGUUCAGGACACUUGAAGCCAGAUUACAGUCCUGCUUGCUCCUCCAUCUUGCUGACUUGGUGAAAAUGUUCUCUGGGUCAAGGAUUGAGAAGUUGCUCAGAGAUGUUGUUGACUUCUUUUCACCUCUUACCAAGCAUGAAGACCCGAUCACUAACCACCAACAACUGUUACGUAUUUCUUGCUUGAAAGGUCUCCAUCAGUGUUUGCAGGAAACUUCUAUGGAUUUCUUCCAGUAUGGAUCGGGUAUUAAAAGCUGUGUUGAGGUGCUUGUCUCUUUGUUGCCUGCUUAUGUGUCUGAAGUAAUCACAGAAGCUGAUCGGGUCCAUUUGGAAGAAGAGUGGUCAGAGGCCGUAAGAUGCUUGGAGAAGGCUCCACUCGGUUGGUUGUUGAAGUUUCUGCAGGUUGAUUCAGUCCUCGGAGAGGGUCAAAUACGAGAGUUUCUCAAAAAGUUUAAACUUAAGGUACGGUUAGUUAAAGCAGGCUCAAUCCAAAUGGCUGAACUAGGGAGACUGAAGGCUUUAAUACUCAACAUGCAAUCAGAUGUUAUCUGGAAUGUGCUUACUGAAGUAGUGGCUGCUUUGCAACAUGCCGAAGGAAGUGUUAAAAGGCAAUGGCUUGUUGAUGCGGUCGAGAUUAGCUGUGUCUCUAGUUACCCCUCCACGGCAAUUCUCUUCGUUGGCCUGCUAUCAGGUAGCUUUUCCAAGUACAUGCCGCUUCUGAUACUGGACAGGGUCAGUGUGUUGAGUGAUCUGCCCGUCACCCUUGCCUCCCUCCUAGCAGUCCCGGCUUGGGAAUCCAUUGCGGAACGUCUCACUUCCACUCUCUGGGCAUCCACAGAACGACUGCACUGCUGGCUCACGGGCACAAGGGAAGAGGUUCCAGGGGAUCAAGAGAUCGACCCGAGUGAGUGUGGUUUGGCUCUUUCUCUACUCCAUGUAAUGCACGGCACCUGCGUCUGCUUGAAGAAGUAUUUGCCCCUAGAGAAGCAGAUUAGGCUUGCUGACAUUGCGAUUACUUCCUCUCCUUAGAUUCCGGCCCUCUACGAGAACGAGGAAUCCAUCUUAUCUUCCUUUCUCUGUUUGUAGAGUAGACGUGUAUGUUGAAUGUAAUGUAACCUGUAAUCAUUUUCUGGUCGAUCUUUCCUUGUCUCCUUCGAUGUCGGUUUCAUCCAGUGAAUUGCCGGUUUAAUUUUCCA